AUGCCACCCAAAGGUAAAACAGGACGAAAAUCACGUUCAACUCGUGCUGGUAUAAUUUUUCCUGUAACCCGUAUGCAACGUUUACUUAAAGCAACUCCAAGUGCACCUGGUCGAGUAUCUCAAGGUGCAUCGGUUUAUUUAGCAGCUGUAGUCGAAUACCUUGUUGCUGAAUUACUUGAAUUAAGUGGUAAUGCCGCAAGAGAUUGUCGUCGUAGUCGUAUUAUACCACGACAUAUUCUUCUUGCUUAUGCUAAUGACAACGAAUUAUAUCAAAUACUUCGGAAUUGUGUACUCCCUCAAUGUGGAGUUCUUCCGAGUAUUCAUGCUAGUCUCCUUCCAAAAAUUACAGGUAAAACAUCAAGUCAAACAACGACACCUAAACCAUCAAUAUCACGUACAAUAGCAACUGGCACUACUACUAACGCACUUGUACGUAAACCAACUUUAACGAAAAAAGGACAAGGAAGUUUUAGUGUUUUGGGUACACCUACAUCGAAAGCUGUUGCACUUAAAGGUACUGCAGUAACAACAUUAUCUGAACGUGUUCUUAUUCGUGGACAAAAAUUAACGGUUGUUCAAGGAAGUAUUGUUAAUAUUAAAGCUGAUGCUAUUGUUCAUCCAACAAAUAAUUCAUUUUUUAUGGGUGGUGAUGUUGGUAAAGCUAUCGCUAAAGCAGGAGGACAAGAACUUAAGGAUGCCGUAGCACAAGCAGCAAAAGAUUCAACUCUAACAAACUCCGGAGAUGUGGCUAUAAGUGGUGCACCAAAUUUAUCUGCUUCACAUUUAAUUCAUGUCCAUUCACCACAAUGGAAUGCUGGUGUACAAGAUCAAUGUAUCGCUGAACUUGAUAAAGCAACAUUAAAUAUUUUAACAUUAGCUGAUGAACAAGGUCUUAAAUCUGUAGCUUUACCAAGUAUUAGUAGUGGACAUGCUGGUUUUCCAAAACAAACAGCUGCUCAAACAAUUCUUUCUGCUUUAUCAAAAUAUUUUCGUCAAACAGCGACAACAAAUCUUGAACAAGUAUUUUUUGUUUUAUAUGAUGCUGAAAG